AUGGGAGUAUCAAAAAGGUCCCGCCGCCGAUACAAGUGCGGCGAAGAUACGAUCUGGUCUGUUCGACUCCGCCUCGGAUCGCUGCGAAGUUUGGCUCGAGGAUUCGCACUACUGGGAUCUUUUAUCCGGGUCGGAGAGAGAUCGCCGUUGAGCCGUCUCUCGAUUCGUCUAGGUAUUUCGUUCUCGAUCGGGAUUGACGACGGGCGUGGGAAGUAUUCGUUUAUCGUUGUACGAUAUCCGUUUGAUUCAGAAGCCGCGUUGUCGGAUCACGAAAAGUACGCGAAGAGGGAGAAAGAGAAGGAGACAGGGGAGACGGCUUAA